UGCCGAACAAGGCCUAAAGAGGGGCGCGCCGGCGAAGCAAUAAUGCCACCCCGCCGCCGCCGUGCGCUCAGCUGAGGAAAGAGACCGGCAAUCGAGACAGGAGAUGGUUCCGUUGAAAUUCCUCUCACGCUGGAUUCCUCGUCUCUCCAAUGUCGCCACCACUCCUGCCUCAGCGAACCGCUUCGCCUCUACAGCUCCACCUCUCCUCACUGCAUCUGGGACGCCUCGCUGGAGGCCAUCAGCGCUUGCACAACGAGUUCCUCCAGGCUUCCCUGCAUUCAGUUCACCUAGCCGCCGUCUUUCUAGCUAUGCCCCUCCCGCCAAUAAUGUUGAAGAUGAGAGGAAAAGAAGCGGGAACGAUAGUUUUUGUUUUAAAGAUGCUUCUGGGACAACCUUGGAGGUCAUGGAUAGCAAACCUGAUACAUCAGGAGAAGUUGUGGUUGCAGCAGCGACACCUGAUUAUUUAAUGGAGAUAUUUCCAAAUAGCAGCCAUCGCGACGGUUCCAUAUACAGCGGCACAGACGAUUGGAAAAUUGACUAUCGUAUUGCUGACCGUAAUGAGACUUGGCUGGAGGCAAUGAUGUUUUCAGAUCCCACAGAUUGCAGAAUGCACAAUGGAAUUUGCGAGUCACACGCAAGUCGUCACAUGUUGCAGUUUUUGUCAUUAAGGUUGGCUAAUAUUCCUGCAGAGCUUGGCUCAGUCGAGUUGUAUGGAUACAUCGCAGCUCGGGAUAAUAUGAAUCCAUUACUUAACUAUAUCGUCCAUUUUAGCAGGGAUGAUCCCAUCAUCUUGAAGCAGGGUUCUCUCAUCAACAUGGCUGGCCCUAAGCGAGGAAUCGAAUUGGUUGGUACUAUUCUAAUCGAAUAUGACAUGAGGAUCAAGGCAGGCGAACAUGAAAAAGAAGAUCUACAGGUGAUUGAUGGUGUAUCAUACUUGGAUAACAUAGACACAUGGGAUCGUACCCCGUUCAUAUUUCGCAUUUAUGGGGAUUGUGGCGCAAUUGAUGUUGGUGUCUCACGUCUUAACUUUGCAUAUGAGGCGACCAUAGAAGUUGUCAUAUCACAAGUGCAAAGCAGUUUUAGCAUGCGUCUCAGUUGUUUUACCAGUGGGUUACAUGAAGAAAUCCGGCUCUUUGAUGGUGCUAUUGGUGAGUCACGUGGCUUAAAGAGGUAUGUGGUUGCUGUAGCGAGCGAUGAUCAGAUGGAGUUGAAGUUUACGGUAGCCGCAGACUCGUGCGUCCCUGCUGAACAUUUCUGUUGCUUUGAGGCAAAGCAGCAUGGGCGUGCUACUCAAGAGAUUAGCACUGGUUUUGCAUUAAUCACAGUGAAGGUGACUUGGUCUACUUUAAAUAAGCCAAGAAGAAUAACAACAACCUUAGACUGA